AUGGGGCAACCGGAUGUGGAAGUGGAGCUUUCCCCGGAUCCCGGCGACUAUGUCCCUGUAUACCCGAAUGUAUAUAUGGAUAAGCUAGUGGUAAUAAAGAAUUCAAUGCAAGGUUUAUGGGUUUUCAUGGGGGAUUUUAACGAAGUUAGAGACGAGACGGAAAGGUUCAAUUCUGAAUACAUUGCGUCUAAUGCGGAGUCCUUUAACAAGUUUAUCUUAGUCGUGGGUCUUAGCAAAUACCAUAUGGGGGGCGGCAAAUUUACGUAUAUUUCUGAUCGUAGUAACAAGUUGAGCAAGCUGGAUCGGUUCCUUGUUUGCUUUGGAUUUAUGGAGAGAUGGCCAACGGCGUCGGUAUUGGCACUUAAUCGUGAUGCGUCUGACCCGGAUAUGGCUCUAGCAGUAAAGCUAAGAUGGUUGAAAAACCACAUCAAAGCCUGGUUAAAAGUUGAACGAGAAACAUCCGAAGGGGUCUACUUGGAUACAAAGAAACGUAUUAGUAUUCUAGAACGGAUGGCCGAGGAGAGAGCUUUGGAGGAGGGGGAAUUGCAUGAAAAAGCCGAAUGUAUUAAUACUGUAUUGGAAGUAGAUCGUAGAAAGCAUUCAGAUGCUAGACAAAAAUCCCGAGCUAGGUGGGCACUUGAUGGCGACGAAUAUUCUGCCUUUUAUCAUAACGUUAUUAAUUCCAGUAUUAGUAAUAACCGUAUUAAUGGCCUCAUGGUUAAUGGUGCCUGGAUUUCGAAUCCGGUGGUAAUAAAAGAAGCCUUUUUUGAAUUUUUCUCGAAUCAGUUUGUGGAACCAAUGGUUUCUAGGCCUGUCAUUAAUUGCCACAAUCUGGCUACUCUCUCGGCAGUAGAAGCCGACAUCCUUGUUGAGCCAUUUUCAGCAGUUGAAAUAAAAGAAGCAAUUUGGGGAUCUGUUGGUGAUCGGGCUCCGGGCCCGGAUGGCUUCAAUUUUAAAUUCAUCAAAAAGAACUAG